GUUCGGUGUUGGGAACCUGAAUGUGAUAUGUGCAGAGAUGGUGCAUGUGGUGCCGGUGGACACUCAGGCGGUGGUGUCUGUCAAGAAGAAAACGCAGUCGCCCCGGAGCUGGAUACUGUUAGACUGCACGGGGGAGAGCACCGUACUGGAUCUAGACAAGUUCGACAUCAUGCAGAAAGUUCAAAUCCACGCUCGCGAUCUUCGCAUCCUCGAUCCGCUCCUGUCGUACCCCUCCACCAUUCUGGGAAGAGAGCGGGCUAUUGUGCUCAAUUUAGAGCAUAUCAAGGCGAUCAUUACAGCUGAAGAGGUACUGCUUCGAGAUCCGACAGAUGAAAAUGUUAUCCCUGUUGUUGAAGAACUUCAAAGACGACUGCCUACUAUAAAUGCCGAAGACUACAUGAAGGAGCACAAUGAUAUUGAAGUAGGCGAAGAAGAAGAUGAGUCUCCUUUUGAGCUCCGGGUCCUGGAGAUAGCUUUGGAAGCCAUUUGCAGUUUUCUCGCUGCGCGUACAACAGAGCUAGAGACUGAUGCUUAUCCUGCUCUAGACGAGCUAACCUCCAUGAUUAGUAGUCGUAAUUUGGAUAGAGUUCGUAAAUUGAAGAGUGCCAUGACAAGGUUGACUGCUCGGGUACAAAAGGUAAGGGAUGAACUAGAACGACUACUGGAUGAUGAUGAUGAUAUGGCUCACCUUUGCUUGUCAAGAAAGUUUGCUGGUACAUCAUCAACUGUUAGUGGAUCAGGUGCUAUUAAUUUGUUUCCUGCCUCUCCUACCAUAGGAUCAAAGAUUUCAAGAGCAAGUGGAGCAGGUACUGCGACCGUUCGUGGAGAUGAUAAUGAUGUAGAGGAGCUUGAAAUGUUACUAGAGGCUUACUUUAUGCAAAUUGAUGGCACAUUGAACAGAUUAACAACGCUUCGAGAAUAUAUUGAUGAUACAGAGGACUAUAUUAAUAUUCAGUUGGAGCUAUUUUUAAGUUCCGGUACUGUUUCUUUGAACAUCUAUUCUUUGGUGUGUGGGAUAUUUGGCAUGAACCUUCCAUAUACUUGGAAUUCGGGCUAUGGAUACAUGUUCAGAUGGGUGGUUAUCGUCGCAUCUGCAGUUUCUGCACUUAUCUUCAUCUUAAUCAUGUCCUACGCUCGCUACAAGGGUUUGGUUGGAUCUUGAUUUACAAGUGCAUUCUUUCCUACUGGGGAGGAGUUAGAACACUUAUCUGUCAUUAUGCUACAUGACGUCGAAACCAUGAAGGUUCAGAGGGAUAUCUCUAGAAAUUUCUCUCAUUGCCAUACUUGGGUUGAAGUUUUCGUGAUUUUAUUUCAAAUUAUACACAUGCCAUACAUAGAAGUUUAUGUUUUUUUUUUCUUCAAUCUGGAUAUUUCAGACUGCUGUGACAAAACUAAAAUUUUCAGUACCAA